AUGAAUGAUGUAACGACCAAAGUACCAGGCUAUGACGGUGCUCCCUGGCUCAUUGAACGUGUGUGUGGUCAGCAACCGAUCCACGUAGAUGGAGAGAUGCUGCAGCCUUCCGAAAUGAAGGGACCCUGUCCUACCUGGCACAAGCGUCUCCCGUCGUUCGAGAGCUUCGCUGCCCAAGGCGGCGGGCCUGGACUGCUUCCACUUGCCAUGGGAUGGUUGUGUAUUCCAAGAAAGUGCCGUCAAUGGGGACCAAACAUUGAAAAUUGGAGCAUGUGUUGCCGACAGCACACAACCCAUGCGUCCAUCAAACCCACAGACUCUGUUUCGUCCCCAACCAAUGGCCCGCAACCUAAACAUACCGUGGUCUCGCUAUCGCCUGCUCCUGUCAUUUCACAGCCUGUGCGCAUCGGACUAAUGUGA